CCAUGACGACGCGGCGUCCCUGGCUCCCGGCUGCAGAUCCCGCCAUCUGCAAGCCCCGCUGGCCUUGCGUGUCCGCCCUUCUGAUGACUGGCUUGACAGGGCCACAGCCUGUAAGAAGCUCAGCGGGAUCCGCUGGUCUUUUCUCCCCAUCCGGCGUGCGUGAUCUCUAACGCCCUCGGCCCAGAGCCUGAACCCUCAAACUUCGCGGCACCUGCAGGUGCAGGCUUGGAGUCUCGAGGCGGCAGAGGCACCGCCCGAGAGGUAGGAUCCGCGCUGGAGUGAUCCCUCCCCCCACCGUGAAGUCAGACACUGAGGGAGGCAGAGUGAAACCACUGCCUUUAAGUGUUAAAGAGUUUACCAGACCUGAAUUUCAACACCUUUGUGAGGAUUCCACCACACCAGCUCCAGAAUUCCAGACCUCCCCACCCAGGCCACCAAUUAAGCUACAGCCUCUGUGCUCACUCCCCUUUCUUUCCCUGUGCGAUCGCGGUCUCCUGUGUGCACUUGGAACUGACUUCCUCGGAAUUAUUUAGACAAGACAUGCUAUAAAGGAAACGUGAUGAUUCAACCAAAGAAAGCAACCUCACAUAAAUGCCUCCUUGGACACAGACCAAGAUUAACAAGCAAACUUUAUUCUUCACCAACACAAGUCUCUCUAAGUGUAGCUAAGACUUUCUCAGAAAAGAAGGAAAUCUCUUCAAAGAAGAUUGAAAAUAAAGUCUCUUUAGACAUUACUGGAAAGAGAGUAACUUCAAGGAGUACUGAAAAGAAGGAUAUCUUAAAUCUACAGUCUGACCUAUGGUCAUCUUACUUGAAAGAAAGUGCAGGUAAAGGGGGCAAAGAUGCAGUCAUUGCAAAGCAGGAGAAAAUUGAUGACUAUCUCCUUCAAGAUAUUAAUAAGUUGUCAGAAUCACUGGAUGAUGGUGAAGGUGAUACCAAUGAUGAAGACAGUAACCCUAAAAAAGAUACUCGUGCCCCAUUAGAGUUAAUGGCAGAAUUCCUGAGAGCUGAAAUGGGCCGAGACUACCACCUGGCAAAAAAAUUAUGUCAGAUGAUUCUUAUCUAUGAGCCAGAAAAUCUUGAGGCCAAGGAAUUUUCCUUACUUAUUGAAGAAAUGUUGCUGAAAGAGGAAGCUCAGAACCUUGAGGAAAAUGAGGAAGAGAGCGAAGAAGACAGCAGCACUGAGAGUGAGGAAAGCAGUGAGGACAUGAGCGACGAGAGCUCUGAUGAAUGCAAAGAUGGGUCGUGACCAUCCCUGCGGUGGCUUAAGCACAUCAUGUAUUUUCAUUCAUGUAUCCCAUACAAGUAUAAAGAAGACUGCUUGUGGUAUCUCAGUCUAGUUGCUCUUUCUUUGGUACAGAGUUCUUUUAAGUUUUCCAUAUUCUUAGUUUGCGGUCCUUGCUAAUAUUUCGACCUUAGCUCCGUGUGAAUUAUUCAGAGCAAAAUAAAGAAGAAAUAAUAUGUG